AUGGCCAUUCUUCUGGAGCUUUUUACACCACAGCUGCUUUUCGCUUUCUUUACACCGUGUCUCCUUGAGAUCUCUUUAGCAGACGUCAGAUCUGUCCAUCCUGGAGAAAACAUCACCCUGACCUGUACGAUCACUAAUUAUCCUAAGUUAUUGUGGUAUCGACUGAGAACUGAUGAGGUGAAGCUGCUGAUAUCUGCUGAGGAAUUGAAGCUGGAGAAAACCUAUCCCCCUCGUUAUAAUGUAGACAAGAGUCACUUUAAUGUAGCACAAAAUAGCAGUUCAGUCAGUUUGGUGAUUAUUGGAGUUAGAGAGACAGAUCUGGGGUUUUAUUACUGUGGAGGACGAAACAAGACACACACUCAGUUUGGGAAACCCAUCAGACUCAACUUUACAGAUUAUCAACAUACAGACUUUGGUAACUCAACUGAUGCUCAAGAUAACCAGCAGUCUACAGGAGCAGAGCUCAGGAUUACACUGUGUGUGUGUCUGGUGUCUAUGCUAAUGAAUUUUAUCUGCAUGUGUGUGUUCUGCUGCAGACCCAAAGAAAAGUUAAGGAUAUCAUGCAGUUGCUUCAGGAACACCAUAGACAGAAGUGAAAAGGAAGAAAACAUUCAUUAUGCAAGUGUCCAACACAGCAGAGGGCCCAGAGCUGCUGCUCAGAAAAACACAUCAUCAGAUUCAGACAGUGUGACCUACGCAACAGUCGCCUCACGGCCUCAGAGACGCUGAGCAGCACAAGGUGUCACACGUUAUGUUGUAAAAACUACGCUGUUUCCUCUGGUUCUCUUCUUAAUCUGUUUUAAGUUGGUUUUGUUAAUGACAAUUAUUUAAAAUUAUUUUUAAUUA